AUGAACGGGUCAGAUGGAGGCGGGACUCGCCGGAGCAAGCGGCUAGGGAAGGGAGGCGUGAACAGCGGCGAUCCUUCCGCUUCGCAGCAGCCCGCUGACGUGGUGCAGCGAGAGCGAUCCGCGAGCCCCGUUGACCAGGAAACCGACGAGGCCGCGGAAGAUGGAAUGGAGGCGGCUGAC